UUGGGAGGGGGAGUUGACGAUGCUACAUCACCACUUUUUAUUGCUCUUUAUGACUUUCGUGGAAUUGGAGAGGAACAGCUCUCUAUACGAAAAGGAGAUUUGGUGCGAGUGAUUGGCUAUAAUAAAGCUGGUGAAUGGUGUGAAGCACGGCUCUCAGCCACUCAUCGAUCAGAUCUGGCCAGUCAGAAACGAAUUGGGCAAAUUGGUUGGGUUCCGAGCAGUUACAUUGCUCCAGUUAACUCUCUUAGCAGACAUAGCUGGUAUCAUGGAAAAGUGUCACGUAGUGAGUCUGAGUACAUAUUGGGUUGCGGAAUAAACGGGUCGUUCCUAGUUCGUGAAUCGGAAACUAGUGUCGGACAGUACUCUAUAUCAGUCAGAAACGAUGGUCGAGUCUAUCAUUACAGAAUAAAUUUCGAUGCCAAUGAUAGGCUGUAUAUUACGCAAGAUGCUAAAUUCAAGACAUUAGGUGAACUGAUUCAUCAUCACAGCGUACAGGCAGAUGGCUUGAUUUGUAGUCUUAUGUUUCCUGCGCCUAAAAAGGAUUGUCCACCAUGUGUUUUCUCGCUUGGUCCAACGCAACCUGAUGAGUGGGAAGUGGAACGUACUGAAAUCGUCAUGCGUAACAAGCUAGGUGGCGGUCAGUAUGGUGACGUAUAUGAAGGAUAUUGGAAACGCCAUGAGAGAACGGUUGCUGUAAAAACACUUAAGGAGGAUGCAAUGGCGUUGCACGACUUUUUAGCCGAGGCUGCUAUAAUGAAAGACCUUCAUCACAAGAAUCUUGUGCAGUUACUAGGAGUAUGUACACGGGAGGCUCCAUUUUAUAUUAUUACGGAAUACAUGUCGAACGGUAACCUACUCGAAUAUCUAAGAAAAUCGGACCGUUCAAAGCUUCCGCCGACGGUGUUGAUGUAUAUGGCAACUCAAAUUGCAUCCGCUAUGGCAUAUUUGGAGUCUAGGAAUUUUAUUCACAGGGAUCUUGCUGCAAGGAAUUGCCUUGUUGGUAGCGAAAACAUAGUCAAAGUGGCUGAUUUUGGUUUAGCUCGUUUCAUGAGAGAAGACACAUACACGGCGCAUGCUGGUGCUAAGUUUCCAAUUAAAUGGACAGCCCCCGAAGGAUUAGCUUUCAAUACAUUUAGUACGAAGAGUGAUGUGUGGGCAUUUGGUGUUUUACUAUGGGAAAUCGCAACGUAUGGAAUGGCACCAUAUCCUGGGGUUGAAUUGUCCAAUGUAUACUCGUUACUAGAGAAGGGUUUUCGCAUGGAUUCGCCACCUGGUUGUCCUCCUACUGUGUACCGCCUUAUGCUGCAAUGUUGGAUUUGGUCUCCUAGCGAUCGGCCCAGAUUUCGAGACAUUCAUGCUAGCCUUGAAUCGUUAUUUCCACAUUCGAGUAUUGAUGAGGAGGUCGAUCGUCAGCUUGAAAAAUCUCGUCUUACCUCUCAGCGACGUUCGCGUCGUAGUGAUGUUGUUUUAACUAAACAAGCACGAUUUGAAGAUUCCAACAACCGACGUUCUUUUAAUGGCCCGGGAAGUUUACAGAGAAAUUCUGAAUUGUUUCCACCUCCUUCUUUCUCAUCAUUUCGUGAUUCUACCUCGGAUCAAGUUCGACAUGUACCACGUCAUCUUCCGCUUCCUACUCCACCGCAAUCUUCUAAGCCGAAGUUACUCAAGACAGCGCUUAGCAAUGCAACGCAAUUUCACUUAUGUUCAGACGAAGUGUUGAUAUCACCACUCGCAGAAAAGAAUCUUCGUAAGGUUAUCAGUCGCUUCGGCACCUUGCCAAAAAAUGACCGCAUAGACGCUUAUCUAGAGUCAAUGAAAAGAGAUAGACCUGACACUGAAGCGGCUAUGAACAAUGCUCUUUCUGACGACUCUCUUGAUGAGCUCUCUGUUCCAAAUUCAGUUGAUGGAAGCUGCCCGGUUCUCGUGCAGCUGAAAUCUCGUCUAAAAAAGACGUCUUCGGUUUUCCCAAUUUCUACAGAAAAUGCUUCGUCUAGUAGUCAGAUUGAUCGGCCGAUUUCACAUAAUUUGCGUAAAGUGGUUAGCCGACCGACUCCCGAUCCUCCUACUCGCUCUGGUUCUUUUAUAGUGCCACCAGCAGCAGUCAAAUCUGUAGGGGAAAAGAGCCUAUUUUAUCAAAAACAUUCUUUUCAUGGUCGUAUUCCUUUUCAUGAUGGCAAACCUGACGAGUUGGCAGAGGGUGAGUUGAAGGCAAGGAUCCGGACGCUACGCCAUGUUAGCAAACCAGAUGAAAAAGUAACAGUAGCUGGUGAGGCCGCUUCACCAGUGUCGGCCUCAGUUCCAGAAGUAGCCCGAGUUCGACAACUUAUUACGCAAAAGCUAAAUGUACAUUUGUUACUUUGUUUGCUAAGGGGUUUCUUGCAGAUCUGGGAACUAACUUCUAACGACCACAUCUCUUUUGCCAACGAAGAACGUGACUCGGGUAUGGUUCGAGCUCAGUCUCUGAGGGAUAUUACUACGAAAUUUGAGAAACUAGCGGCUCUCCCUACGAAAACACUACUUUCUCUCUAUCGGACACUAGAAGUUUUGGGGCGCAUUACUCAAUCGUCUCGAUGUGAUUCCCGCCUAGCAAUGUUGAUACGUUUGAGUGAUGUUAUGCAACAGUUCCACUCUACGUGUGCCAUAUAUGCUGAGCAGAUUACACCGCAUAGCAAAUUUAGAUAUCGUGAACUGUUGAAUCGGCUUGAAGUCUUCGUGCGUCAGUUGAGGAAUUCUGAAUCACAUAUAAUUCCACAGUUCGAAGUUACUUUCCGUCAAAUACUGCAGCUCAUCAGUCGCUAA